CCUAAUAAAUUAAGGUAUUUCAUUGGGAUCGAUAUCCGUUAGACUUUAUUGCCAUUAAAAGGCUAUUGUUUUGAGAACCUUGUUGAACUAUGCAUGCAACAGAGCAAUAUUAAAAAGCUUUGGGAUGGAGUGCAGGAUCUUGUGAAUUUGAAGACAUUAAAUUUGUGUGAGUCCAAACAAUUGACGGAGCUGCCUGAUUUUUCUAGGGCACCUAAUCUUGAAGAAGUACAUCUCUAUAAAUGUCUAAGUUUACAUAGUGUUCAUCCAUCCAUUUUAUCUUGCCAAUCUCUUCUUACAUUGGAUGUCUCUGAUUGCGAGAAAUUAGAGAGUCUUGAAAAGAAAUUGGAAAGCAUAGAUUUAGUAUAUUGCGGGAACGUCGAAAAAUUGCAAGUGCUGCCAAUGGGAGGUUUCACGAAACUCAGAAGGCUUGUUAUUGAAGAAGGUGAAAGAUUAAGGAGCCUUCCAAUAAGAGAGCUAUGUGGCUUGACAAAUCUUGAGGAAUUUAAAAUUAGGAAUUUCCAGCAGGAAAUUAACACAGGGGAGAUGCGCUCCCUUUUUGAUGCUUGGCACAAUUUAAAAAAAACUAUGUUUGGAUAGUUGGAGUAAAUUGUCGGAAAUCCCUGACAAUAUCAAGGCCUUAUCAAGCUUGAAACACAUUUUCUUGAAAAACUGCCAGGGGCUUAAGUCUAUACUUGGACUUCCUCCCUUCCUUCAAGAAUUAGAUGCUAGAGAUUGCACUUCAUUGGAGAUUGUAUUCUCCGACUCUCUAGUUCGGAAUUGGUGCCAAUUUGAUUUCAAAAAUUGUAUAAAGUUGAAAGAGGAUUCGAUUCGCUUUAUUGAGGAACUACUAACUCAUUUCUCUUUGACUUCAACAUGUAAGGAUGGUUUGUUAUAUGGUGCUGGAGCUCGUUACCCAGGAAGCAGAGUUCCAGAGUGGAUUGAAUAUAAACAAAUCACAGAGCCUUCCAAUGCUAUCGAAUUCACUUGCAAUCUUGAACGAUCACCCCAAUUAUUGCUCUGCUGUGUUGUUCCUCAUCAUAUUUAUGACUUUUUCUAUGAUUUUUCUUUUGAUGAUAAGAGCACAUUCCGCAGGACAUCUUAUGUUGGUUUGCGAUGACGAAGACAUGUAUUCUGAAGAAACGAAUUCGGAUCAUGUUGUUCUAUGGCACAUGGAAAGGGAUUCAUUUGGUGAUGAAAAAGGUAAUGAUGCCAAUAUUUCAUGUAAAUUCUAUACGAAAUGUUGGAAUGGUGAUAGUCAUCGUUUAGAGAAAGUUCCGAUUAAAGCAUGUGGAGUGCACGUAACAUAUAUGUCAGAGUCGGACUCAACUGAAGAAAGACUCCCUCCAACAAAGAAACAAAAAACUUUUUAGGUGUCUUCCGACCAGCCAACUGAAUCCAACAAAUCAAUCUCAAGAUGACAUCAUCUGUCAUCCCUUGCAACUGAAAUUUAUACGCAAGGGCAAACAAAAGCGCCUCCCAUACAUACAGUUUCUUUGAUAUAUCUUUACAGGAUCUCUCCCUUCUUUGCUUUUUAAUUAUAGGCUCACCUUCACUACUAUUAUCUUAAUUAAAAAUCACUCUUGAUUAAAAAAAAAAUAAUUAGAUAUUUUUUCUUUGCUUAGAUAUACUAAAUUAAAGUAGUAAAAUUUUCUACAAUAUUGUAUUUAUUUAUUUCAAUAUUUAUACCCUAUUGAAAAAAUAAGUAUGCCCCUUUUUCCCAAAUUUCGUCCAUUUUUUAUUUUUUAAAUAAUUCUUUCACAUAUAUAUAUUAUUUAUUAUUUCUCUACAUAUUUUGUGCAGUAUAGUACUUCAACAUGUAUAA